GAACCCCACCCCAAAGAAUCACAUCCAGAGACAAAGAAAGAUUCAUGUUCAAAGGUCCAGCAGAUAUUAAGCCUGAAACAGCCAUGUCUGAGCUGGUGCCAGAGCCCCGGCCAAAACCUGUGGUGCCAAUGAAACCCGUUGGCAUUAACUCUAACCUGCUGGGCUACAUAGGGAUUGAUACCAUCAUAGAACAAAUGCGCAAGAAGACUAUGAAAACUGGAUUUGACUUCAACAUCAUGGUUGUAGGCCAAAGUGGAUUGGGAAAAUCAACACUUGUGAACACCCUGUUUAAAUCUCAAGUGAGUCGCAAGUCUUCGGGCUGGAACCGUGAAGAGAAGAUCCCCAAAACAGUCGAAAUCAAGGCAAUUGGUCACGUUAUUGAAGAAGGUGGUGUCAAAAUGAAGUUGACAGUUAUUGAUACCCCUGGAUUUGGUGACCAGAUCAACAAUGAAAACUGCUGGGAGCCUAUUGAGAAAUACAUCAAUGAGCAAUAUGAGAAAUUUCUGAAGGAGGAAGUGAAUAUUGCAAGGAAGAAACGAAUCCCAGACACAAGAGUCCACUGUUGCAUCUACUUUAUCUCUCCCACAGGUCACUCCUUGCGACCUUUGGAUCUAGAGUUUAUGAAGCACUUGAGCAAAGUAGUAAACAUCAUCCCAGUUAUUGCCAAAGCAGACACCAUGACUAUGGAGGAGAAGAUUGAGUUCAAGCAGAGGGUCCGGAAAGAACUAGAAGUCCAUGGAAUUGAAUUUUAUCCCCAGAAAGAGUUUGAUGAAGACCUUGAAGAUAAAACAGAGAAUGACAAAAUUAGGCAGGAAAGUAUGCCUUUUGCAGUGGUGGGCAGUGACAAAGAAUAUCAAGUGAAUGGAAAAAGGGUCCUGGGCAGGAAGACACCCUGGGGAGUCAUUGAAGUGGAAAAUCUCAAUCACUGUGAAUUUGCCCUACUCCGUGAUUUUGUCAUUAGGACCCACCUUCAAGACCUAAAGGAGGUAACACACAACAUCCACUAUGAAACUUACAGGGCUAAACGACUGAAUGACAAUGGGGGGCUUCCCCCGGUGACCGUAGAAAUAGAAGAAAACCAUGAAAGCAAUCUGUGAAUAACCCUUUCUGGUCUGCUCUCACCUGCUGUCUCUGAAUUAUAACCACCAUUACCACUCUUUCCCUUGAUUUGAAUUCAGGCCUCUUUGAAGCAUGUGGAAUAUCCUUUGUGUGUGCAUAUGAGGAAAGACCCAGGGGCAAAGCCCCUAGCUUUCCUCAAAUGUCCUCAUCUGGUUCUUUUUUAUUAUUAUAUGAAUUUUGUAUUUUGCACAGCGAACACUAGUCUUCCGUUGUCACAUAUUCCAAGACUCUCAACUGUGCAUAGUGAUUGUUGAAAAUAUCGAAGGGAAGUGAUUUGAUCUCUGGGGUCACUUGGAAUGUCUGCAAGGGAAAAAAAUGAGACUGGUAUAAAGAUGUUGAACGCACUACGGGAACUACAGAGCCAUACUUUGGAUGUGAGUUUCAUAGGGCUGGAAGAGAAUGGGUUGCUAUGCAGUUGUGGUGGGUGGCUU